UCCAUCUUGCGCCUAAAUGCAAAGGUCAACAUUAAGGACGUAUUAAUUUUAAAAUUGCUUUUAUAAAUCGAAGUCGGCAUGAGUGUGAACGGCCAUUCUCAUCCAAAAAAAGCAAGAAAAGAUAUGUCUCCCAACGUGAUUGUCGUACUUGGAGCACAAUGGGGAGACGAAGGAAAAGGAAAAGUUGUUGACAUGUUGGCUUGCACCGCUGACAUCGUGUGCAGAUGUCAGGGUGGGAACAAUGCAGGCCAUACUGUGGUGGUAAAUGGCAAUGAAUAUGACUUGCACAUUCUUCCAUCUGGUGUUGUAAAUAAAAACUGCACUUCCGUGAUAGGUAAUGGCGUUGUGAUCAAUUUGCCACAGUUUUUUGAAGAAGUCAAGAAAAAUGAAGAAAAAGGACUGGCUGAUGUGAAAGGAAGGGUUUUUAUUUCUAAUAGAGCACACAUAGUAUUUGAUUUUCACCAAGCUGUUGAUGGGCUGCAAGAAAUUGCAAAAGGGAAGAAAAGCAUAGGUACCACAAAGAAAGGCAUUGGCCCUACCUACUCUUCUAAAGCCAGUCGUAGCGGAGUACGCCUGGCUGACCUUCUGGGAGACUUCUCCUUGUUUGAGGAAAAAUUCAGGCAGCUGUCAAAAAGCUAUAUGCAUCAACAUCCAGACUUAGAAGUUAACAUUGAUGAAGAAGUGAAAAAAUACAAAGAUUAUGCCGAAAGGAUGGCUCCAUUCGUAGCAGACACAGUGUCAUACCUGCAUGAAGCCAUUGCAUCUGGAAAGAAAAUAGUUGUUGAAGGAGCUAAUGCAGCACUUCUUGACAUUGAUUUUGGUACAUACCCAUAUGUUACUUCUUCCAACUGCACUGUUGGAGGUGCUUGCACGGGACUCGGAAUUCCUCCCACCACAAUUAAGGAAAUUUAUGGUGUGGUGAAAGCUUAUUCCACCAGGGUUGGAGAUGGACCUUUUCCUACCGAGUUAUAUGAUGGCCUUGGUGAGAUUCUGCAAACAAGAGGAGCAGAAAUAGGUGUCACAACCAAAAGGAAGAGAAGAUGUGGUUGGCUUGAUGCAGUUCUUCUAAGAUAUUCACAUAUGAUAAAUGGAUAUACAGCUAUUGCAAUAACCAAAUUGGAUAUUUUGGAUACAUUUGAUGAAAUUAAAAUUGGUGUGGCAUACCACUUGAAUGGAAAGCGCCUUUUAACUCCUCCCGCUUGUUCGUCAGAAAUGGAGAAAGUGGAAGUAGAGUAUAUAACUGUUCCUGGAUGGAAGACUUGUACAGAACAAGUACGCAAGUUUGGCGAGUUGCCCCAGAACGCCCGAAACUACAUCACGACAAUAGAGGAAUUAGUGGAUGUGAAAGUCAAAUGGAUUGGAGUGGGCAAAGACAGAUCAUCUAUGAUAGAAGUAUUUUGAAUGCCGGCCAAGGAAUUUAUAUAAGUGUCCUGUUACAAAGAACUGCAUGGAGAGCAUUUUAUUUCCUGCAAAAAAAGGAAAAGAAUAUGUCCUGUUUCUUAGUUAUUCUUGCUUUCAAUCCUUUAGCAAACUCUAAUAGCCAAACUUUGUUUACUUCUCGGGUCUGCACUGAGUAUAAGUGACUAUUUGUGAUAAAAGGAAUUUUAGGGAGAUUAGUGAACUUGAUUAGUGUCAGUUUAUAGAUCUGUGAUACUCCAAAUGAUUAAGGAAUACAACCAGUAUGGCACGUUUGAUUUGGCUAUUAGUGUUUUGAUUUACGAAGCAACAAAAAGUGUGCGUUUUGUAUACCAGGUGUCCUUUUAUUCAAUUAAUUUAAAACUGUUUAUAAGGUUCACUUUGUAAAUUGUUAAUAUUUUAAAAUGAAGUUUGAAACAAUUUCCAUCCAAUUUCACUUCAAUUGUUCCUAACAUAGUGAUGCAUUUAAAUGGUCGAAACAAUUUUUAAAAGAAAAAAAUUGCAUUUCAAUGUUUUGCGUUUGGAUGGUAACAAGCAUUUCUUUGAGGCAUGAGGCAGUUGUAAAUAUUUUCUUCAAUGGUUUUUAUGUAUUUUAAAAGGUUUUUCUACAGCUGUAACUGAACACAUUAAUUUUAAACUGUUAAAAUUUUGGUGGACACAUUUAUGUGCACCUGCUAUUAAAUGCUCAGCUUGCUGCAAAAUUUUUGAUUUAUUCACUUCAUUGAAGUCGUCAUGUUGCGCUGCAAAGUUAGUCAUUACAACAAAUGUAAAUAGUUAUGAGGUUUAACGUUAGAUAAGUAAAAUCUCAUUUUGUUUAAUAACCUUUGAAUUGGAUUCAUAAACUAUCUCUUGUUAGCUAGAAUAUUGUUAACUGUAACAUACAGUAUCACUCAGCCAGUAAGGCAAUAAUACAGUACAGAAGGAAUUAUAUAAAGACAGUUCUUAUCUUUGAGGUUUUUAAAUUUAAAUGCAAAUUUUGGAGAAAAUUUAAUCCCUCUCCCCUUUGUGUGUGAUCUUGAUAUUUUAGUUAAGUUUUAAGUAUCAUUUUGGCGUUUUUAGUCUAAGACUGAAUGCUAUUGGAAAAUAAAAAUGAUGCUUAUAUUUAUUUUAAAUUGUACGUGGUUUUGUUUGAAUUUAAUAACUACAUUAAUUUAAUAACCUUGGUUUUCCCCCUAAUGGACAGAUAAGUUUUUUGCUAAGCGGUAGUGGUUUUAUAUUCUAAAUAAAACUUAGAUCUAACAAAAAGGCCUAUUUAAAAUAUACUUAAAAUUGAUAAAAUAAUAAAUCUUGACUUAAAAAAUAUUACCUACUUACUGUAUGCACAGAAAACAAAGUUUCGGUAUCGGGUACAAAAUUUUUUAGUUUGAAAUUGUAUUAUUUUGAUAAUUUGCUUUCGUAUAUAAAAUGUUUUUAAAUUCUUAAUCCAGUAUUUGUCUGUUUAGAAAUGUGACAAUGCAAAGUAUUUAAAUGCCUCAAUGUCAUUGUACCAUAUUACAUAACUAUCAAAUUUGGUUCUUCAUAAUGUACAUUUUGAAAGUAAGUUUUAACCAAGUUGCUUUGAAAUGACUAUUGUUUUAUGAUUAAUUAUGUUACAUCAUUGAAAAAUAAAGAA